AUGGGAGAGGCGACCCCGGCUCAGUCCGCCGCUGGCGCCUUCGGUCCAAUGCUGGCGGUCGGCAUGGGCUCCAUGGCCGCGCACGGCGCUCCCUCGGCGGCCGCCAGAGGCUCGGCUGUGCCGCAGCUCCACAGCGCCAUCGUGGAGCGUCUCCGCGCCCGGAUCGAGCUGUGCAGACGGCACCACUCCACCUGCGAGGACCGCUACCGCCGCGGACAGGCUGAGAGCUCGGACCGAGAGCACGAGAGUACUCUGCAUCUGCUCAACGUCGUGCAGCAGGGGCCGGGGGCGCGCAAGGGCAAGAGCUGCCGCGGGGCUGCUGGACAACCGCCGCAGCCACAGCCGCCUCCGGACUACGGUGCCAGGGGUGCCAACGGGGAGCACAGGGGCGCCGAGCUGGACCACAAGAUGUCUACGCGCAUAGCGCUUCAAGGUUCUUUAAGGAGGAAGUUGGAAGGCCACGCCCCCAAGCAGAACUCGCUUUCAUGCACUUUCGCCGGGUCUGACUUCAAGCGCAUCCGGCUGGAAAUCGGCAGCGGCGGGGCGGGUCGAGGCCCGUGUGACGGCACCUUAAGCCACGCCCACCCAUCCCAAACACCGAGAAAGAACUUCAUGAUCCCGGACGUCUUCAACGCGACCCUGAAGGAGAUGAAGAAGGAGCCCACGGAGUUGCAAUCGUCGUGCGGCCGCUCGCACACCGACGCCAUCUUUGACUUCAAGGACGAGGGCGGCGGUCACAUCGAUCCGGAGCUGCAGGACCUUUUCGACGAGCUGACCAAGUCGGUGCCGCCGCUUAACGACCUGGACUUUGAGAAGAUGCUGAAGCAGGACGAUUCCUUCUCUCUGGAAUUGGGGCGCCCUGGCUCGGUGGGCCUGUGCCCCCCCACGGAGCGCCCCAUCAAAUUGGAACGGUCCCCGGAUUACACCGGGGUACAGGGUGGCUCGCCGCAGCUUCGGCCGUCUUCAGCGGGGCCCUCCUUUGCGUUGACCGCCUCUCCCACAGGUAGCCCCGCUGCGGGGCGGUCCCUCCCCUGCUGGCCGGAAAUCUCCCAUGCUGAGCAGCUAAAGCAGAUGGCGGCCAACCAGCAUCAGCCUACCUCGCUUCUCCACCACAACCGACAACUGCCACCCGCGGGUCUGUCUGGUUGGGGCUCCCCUGCCUUCCAAGACAAGGGGGCACGGCCGAGGCUCCUCCAGCAGGGUAAAGGCACCAGUAGCUGCCUUUUCAAUUCAAAUGGCGUCCACCACAUAGAAAUGAAGCCGCUAACCACCAAGCCCGGCUUGCACUUCAGCCCCAAGGUGCCUCCACUGCCGACGCCCAUGAUGGCCGGCAACAAAACCGACAACCACAUGCAACGACUUUCACCUCAGGAUGGUCAGAACCAGAACAACACACAGCUUCCGACGCCGCAUUUCCAGAAUCGGCAGCACGUCUCCUCGUCCUCGACUCUCCUGCAGGGAGGAGCGUUGCCCUACAAAAUGAGCCCACAUCAUCAGGGUGUCCCCUGUGGACCGAGGCCGCCCGGUAAUGGAAAUCUGGGCCAGCCGCGCCUCCCGGUGUCCAUCCACCAGCCAAAGGCUCCCGUCAAGUCGCCCGUCAUGCAAAGACAACCAAACCAAGUACACAGAGUUGGCAACACCUCGGAAAAAGACGCAUCCCAGGACCAAUUCAGCCGCCACCUGACGAGGCCACCGCCAGAUUAUCAAAGAAGCGUCUUCCCUGGUGCAAAUCCAUCGCAGUCGUCCAUGUCCGGCUCGGAGAAGGACCUCCAAUCCAUGUCCUGCCAGCUUUCCGGCACAUCCGCUUCCGAGCUGACCUCGUCAAAUCACCGUUUUGACUGCGGUGGACAGCUCCCCAAUUCCAAUCGAAUGGCGCUAACCCCAAAUAAGCCCAGAUUCCUGGGCCACAAUACGCAAGGGAACUCUUUUGUCGCUGAUCAGCAUUCCUCCAGGAUUUUGAUGACCAACAUGAGCUGGCCCGCCGGACUCGGGCGUCAAGCUAACACGCUGGACCAUCAGUUCCCGCAGAGACCCGUCGGACUUCCCAACCAGGUGGCGCCGGAUCUCCAGAUGAUGAUCAGAGAGGCCGGGUCCAGACCCACCCUGCGGCAGCUGAACCGGCCCUCUCCGGAGCAGCGGGUUCCGGCCGCGGGCAACUUCGCCGAGGCCACUUCCGGCGGCUACCAUAGCGGUCGCGCCAAUCGAGUGACCUUUGACUUCCUGCCCGAAGGAGAUAACACCGUCCCGGGGAUUAACACGGAUUCGGACUUCAUAGACUCUCUGCUCAAGUCGGGUUCGGGGAACGACGAUUGGAUGAAAGACAUCAACCUAGAUGAGAUUCUGGGAAGUCACGCGUGA